AUGGUUAAGUAGAUUCCAACUUUUGCAUAUCGGUGAAAUACUAGCUACUCAGUUAGCGUUAGAUGAUGAUACCAUUAAAAAUAUACAAAGGAGGACGGAUGAUACUGUUUCACAGUUAUCCGAGAAAAGGCUCAUUCAGAACUGUUCGAUACUUAAGAAGCUGACAGUGGAUAUUCAAAAUGUAACCUUUUUGAUGGAAUGUUUAAAACUUGAACCUAAAGUAAUUACGAACCGGAUUUUAUUGCUUCAGGAAAUGGGUGUUGAAACUAUAAGUUUGGAUACUAUUUUCAGGUUUUCACAAUCAAUACACCAAUCAUUAAGAACAUUCAAAAGAAAUCAUAAUUUAUCGCCGGAACACAAUAUAAUAAAAAGUAUGUUUAACAGUGUUGGAGUGUUCGAAAUACCCACUUUUCCAAACCUAUCUGGCUGGGCAGAUACGUCAGAUUACUAUCUCCAUGCUAUAUCAUAUUACAAAACAGUUCAUCUUAAAUUGUAUCACCAGUCUCUUUUAAGGUAUCAUCGCUUUAAGUAUCAAAGUUUCAGAGAGAUGUUUAAUGUAAUAAAUAUGUUAGAAACCACAUUUCAGUUUGAUAAAGAGAUUCUAAACAGGCAUCCUUAUCUGUUAACUCUAAGUAUGGACGAAGCAAAUGCCUUUUUAGAGAGAUUUAAAGAUGUUAAAAUAGCAGGACAAGAUAUGUUUGUAAUAGUAAGAAAGUACCCACGUAUUUUAAUGGCUGAUAUAAAUAAUAUGGAUGAGUUGCUAUCGCUCUUCAAUAAAUACAAUAUACCAAACUCUACUGUUUACACUAAUGUGAGAAUUUUAACAAUGAAAAAGAAUACAUUUAUAGAACGGUAUAAUACUGUAUCAACCCAUCCUACAUUAUGCGUGUGGUUGAGACAUUCAAGAAUAAUUUUUACGAUUCUUGCAUAUAAGAUGGUUAUGGAACGUAUACAGAUGCUGCAGGCCAUGAAUAAUUUAAACUUUGUUUCAUUUUAUUCCAUUUAUUCUACACGAGAUCAUUUCUUAAGAACUCAUGCACACGGACGUCAUCCUCGAGUAGCUAGAAGAACGCAUCUGAGACAUAUACUUAACACAGAAUUUGAACCAAAGGAACAAUGUCUAGUUGAAUAUUUGACGAGGCAUCCUCACUGGAAAGUCGUAUCAUUUACUGUAAUACAUCAAAUGAUUGUUUAUUUAAAGAAACAUUAUUCCGAAGAAGACAUAGUUGCUAACCUUCACAUUAUACUCUAUCCACGGGAUGCAGUUGAGAAAGUGCGUAAAAUAGUAUACGAAAAAUAUAAUCUGGAAGAAGGGUAUAAUUUCACCGAGAAACAACGCCUCGCAUUAUGCCUAUACUUGUUAGAGAAAUCACAUCAUUUCAGUGGUGAUGGUGUUUGGCAGAUAACGUAUCGUGACGAACAUGAGAUCGAUACAGUGGACAUGUUCAGAGAUCUAGACGAGAUUAAGCAUGAACAUCCAGAUGAAUCUGUAAAUAAUAUAUUAAAAGUGAAAGUGAGGAUAAUUAAGUUGAAAUCUAAAAUCCUACGCCUAUAAUCCGAAGAGGACUCGCAUUAAUAAGAAAACUAUAAUUGGUGUAAAGCUGUAUGUCUUUUUGGAAGUCUAUGUUUCCGGAGUAGACCCCGACCCCGUCUCGUUCAACGUUCUUCUGAAUCGACUAAGAAUGAAUUUCGAAUCGGAACACUUUCUAUACUAGACUCGAU